AUGGAGAAAGCAUCUUUAAAGCCCGGCGCAGAGAAAGUACUCGUAGCAUUAUCUGGAGGAUCAUCGUCUAGGGCUAUGUUACAGUUGCUCUAUGAAUAUAAUCGAGAAGAACCUCAUAAGAAAUCGAAAAAGCAAGUAUUUAAAAGCGUCGAAGUUUGUUUCAUUGACGAAUCAACAAUUGUUGGAGGAGAGAAAGACACAGUCGAGAAUGUAUUACAGAUGGCACAAAAGUUGAACUAUAAUAUCAUGAGGAUUCCCUUGGAAGAUAUUUUCUCACCAGACUAUACAACCUCUGGAAUAUACGACAAUGUAAUCAAGAUAUCUACUGACGGCGUCCAUAGAAAGCCAUCUCAAGAAUUGUUUCACAGUAUUCAACAACAGUCGGAAAACACAUCUAAUAGAGAUAAAUUAAAGGCCCUACUUGACGGUGCGAGUAAAACGACAGUUAAAGAAGAUUUUUAUUGUUUUUUGAAGUUGAGCCUGUUACUUCAAUAUGCCCAGAGAAAAGACUGUACAAGAUUGUUUCUGGGAGAUUCGUCGACGCGUUUGGCGAUAAAAACCAUUUCUUUAACAAGUAAAGGACGAGGAUUUAGUUUGCCGCUUGAGAUAGCUGGGGAGACACAGUGGUUUGGAGAUACGAAAAUCAUGAGGCCGAUGAAGGAUAUGCUAAGCAAAGAGAUUGGAUUAUAUAACCAAUUCUUACAUUUGGACAGUGUAUUCAUUCCUUCCUUGACCACCAUGCUCCCACCUAAGGCUAGUAUCGAAAGACUGACCGAAGACUUUAUUGUCGGAUUAGAAAGGGACUAUCCAUCAACAGUAAGUACUGUUGCAAGAACAGCGGCAAAGCUUAAACCGUCCGAAUUAAUGCAAGAUGAAAAGUGCAUAAUAUGUUUAAUGCCACGUCAACCGAACACGAAAUCAUGGCAAGAUAGAUUCACUGUCGCAAAUACGAAUUCAGCUGCAUAUACAUCCAUGCCCACUUGCUCUUCUUCUUUUUCUGACGGGUGUUGUAAUGUCACAUCAUCAGAGUGCUCAAAGCCAGUGAAAAGAGCCAACACAGAUAUAAGCGACCUACUUUGCUAUGGGUGUAGAGUAAACAUGAGAGAUGUUGGAGAUGUUACGUUUCCUCCUUACGUUGCCGAAAAGGUGAAUGAACAAAGACAGGAAGAGCUUAGGAGGCAGAUUGAAGUGUUUUUGCUAAGUGAUGAUGAAGAGGAGCAGGGAGAGAUAGGAAAAGAAGUGCACAUACAGAAACGAUAG